GAUUUUAUUCUUAGAAAUGGAUUAAAAUGGAUUCCUUAUAACAAAUUUAAAAAUGUUGAAUAUUUUAAUGAAGGAGGGUUUGGUACUAUAUAUAAAGCUACUUGGUUAAUGAAUAAUGGAGAUGAAGAAGUAAUUCUUAAAUGCCAUAAGAAUUUAAAUGAAAAUUUAAAUGAAUUUUUAAAAGAAUGGGAAUAUCAUACAAGUGUUUUUAGUUCGAAUGAUAUUAUAUACUUUUAUGGAUUUACAGAAGAUCCAAAUACUUCAAAAUAUAUGGUAGUAAUGGAUUAUGCAAAUAAAGGUAAUUUAAGAGAAAAUUUAACGAAUACAAUUGGAAUCAAAAAUUAUUUAUGUUGCACGAAAUUAUUUCUGGACUUAAAUAAGGAUAAAAUUUAUAUUAGUGAUUUAGGAUUAUGUCAACCUGUAAAAUCGUUGUUGAAAAAGUAUGAUAUUUAUGGUGUUAUACCAUUUAUGGCUCCUGAAGUUUUAAGAGGCAAAUCUUAUACUCCAACUAGUGAUAUAUAUAGUUUUUCUAUGAUUAUGUGGGAUUUUACAUCUGGAGUACCACCAUUUAAUAAUAGAGCACAUGAUCUUCAACUUAGUAUAAGUAUUUGUAAAGGUGAACGUCCUAAAAUUAUUGAAAAUACUCCACAAUGUUAUAUAGAUUUAAUGAAAAAAUGUUGGAAUGAAGAUCCAUCAAAAAGGCCAUCUACAUCAGAAGUGAACAAUGCUAUUAAGAAUUGGAUUUUCCGUCCUUCUGAUGAUGGAAUUAAUGAAGAAUUAAAAAGCAACAUUAUGGAAUUUAUUAAUGCACCAAUUGGGCAUAAUGAUCUUGCUACUAAAUCUCAUUCUAAAGCAUGUUAUAAAAGUCGCUUACUUGAUUUUACUAGUAAAAAAUUGAAUGAAAUUCUUGAUAGUGAAGAUUCACAAGCAUAUCAUUCAAAUGAAAAUACUAGUAAAAAGUUGAAUGAAAUUCUUGAAAGUGAGAGUGAAGAUUUGAAUGAUUGUAUAAUUAAAGAUUUGGGCGGAUCAUUAGGUAUGUGCUAUAAUAUAUAA